AUGUUCGAACACUUUGAGUUACGGCACAUUAUGCCGCUCUUGGUCGCAUCUGCCACGACGUUCGGUGGCCUCUGGCCUUUCUGGUCGCCGAAAAACGCCAUGCUCGAGUUUGGUCUGCCCGAGAGCAUUGCCGACUCCCCUGCUGCACAGCCUGUCAUGGUGCUUUGCAGCGCACGCACCACCGCUCUCGGCAUGCUCAUGUUUAUCUUCUACCAACAGGAGAAACUUGCAGCUGUGGAUACCGUUAUGGCUGUUAUGGGUGCCUACCUGGGCAUCGUGGAUGGUUACGUGUGCUGGAAGGAAGGAAUGCCAGGCAAGGCUGUGUUUCGUUGUGUCUCGGGAAUGGUCAUCGCGGGAUGGGGAUUGAUUGGGUUGACGGAAAGUGGCUUCUAG